GCGCGAACAUGUAUAAUAUAUAUGUAUAUAUAUUAUACAUAUAAAGAGUAUUUUACAUUUAUAUUCAAUUGAUCAUAAAUUAGUAAGAGUGACGAAUGGAAAAUGUUAUGUAAUUGUUAUCAUGAGUAAUGUAGAUUUUUAGAAUUUGCAAAAAGAAAAGGAGUGGUAAUUGAUAAUGACUAGACAUUUGUCUUCAUCACAUUGCUAUGAUAAAAUGUCUAACAUACUCACACCUUUUGUAUAUUGGGCCCAAACGGAGAAUCAAAUCACAUUAAAAGUGGACCUGACUGAUGUAAAGGAUUUUAAUAUUGAUCUAAAGGAAACUACAUUGCAAGUUACAGCCUAUGGCCAGGGAGCAAGAGGCCUGAAUAAUUACAGCUUUAAUCUGAAUCUUCAUUCGCCUAUUGACCCAAAUGAGAGUAAUUACAAAGUAAUUGAUCGUCAAAUAGACUUUGUCUUGAAAAAGAAAUGUAGCAGUUGGUGGCCAAGAUUAAUAAGUCAACCACAAAAGCCUUCAUGGCUUAAGAUUGAUUUUGAUAAAUGGAAAAGCGAGGAUAUGGAUGACAAUGAUGAUGAAAAGCGUGACAUUUGUAAUGAUUAUCCUGACAUGUAUGAUAAACUGCACAAAGAAGAAUUUGGCUAUAGAAAAGAGGAUCUCACAAAGGUGUAUCUAGUGAUAUAUAAUCUCUGUCAAUUUGUUGGCUUUAUUUAUGUACUUGCUAUAAUGGGUAUACGAUACUCACGAGAUGGGCCAGAUUUCAUGAAAGAAACAUAUGCAGCAGUUGGCAGUCCACUCAAGUUUAUACAACUUUUACAAUUUUUAGAGGUAAUGCAUCCUCUAUUUGGAUAUACAAAAAGUAGCACACUUGUAUCCUUUUUACAAGUGGGAGGUAGGGGGUUUGUGUUGUUUUUUAUGAUUGAUGCCGAGCCUCGUAUGCAAACUAAACCAGUCGUUUUCUAUCUAUUUCUAAUAUGGAGCAUAAUAGAGAUAGUCAGAUAUCCAUACUAUAUUACACAGUUAUUAAAUAUUGAAAUAUCGUUUUUAACAUGGUUGAGAUACACCCUAUGGAUACCGUUAUACCCAUUAGGUUUUGUAUGCGAGGGUAUCAUAAUAUUGCGGAAUAUUCCGUAUUUUGAGGAAACUCAGAAAUUCACAGUUUCCUUACCGAAUACAUAUAAUUUCGCUCUUCACUUCCCGUCUGUUAUGAGACUUUAUUUACUUCUAUUACUCUUGCCUGGAAUAUAUACGAUAAUGUCCCGUAUGAAUCAAUUACGCUCUAGAAAACUUGGAAAAUCUACUAUUAAGAGAAAAUACAAAUGAUUUGCAAUGUAAUUUCAAGCUCAUUUUCUAUAUUCUUCAUUUUAUCUCUGUAAUUACUCUUAUACAAAAGAUUGAUAAAAAGAGGUGGAGUGAUAGUGAGAUGGCAAGUAUAAUAUUAUAGCAACUCUGCUUUAACAUAUACAGUUUUUUAAAUAAUACUGUAAUUUUGUAUAGAUGUGUUUUAUAUUAUUUUUGAUUGUAUAGCAUUUUUUUUAAGAACAAAGUUAUAUUAAAUCUGCAUUAGCUGCCUAAGCUGAUUUAGCUGAUUUUAUUUUAUGAUUCUGCAUUCAUUACUUAAUAUAUAUAUUUUAAAUAAAAAGAGCAAUAUCAAAGUUA